AUGUUCAUCACUGUGGAGGAUGAUAAAUUUUAUGAACUAAUGUAUGCAGAGUGUUCUCAAAUUGUUUCUACUAAACACAAAGAAGAGAAUGAUUUAUGGUGUGAGGUUAAUGAUGGAAUGUACUUGGUACAUAAAAGUUGCAGAUUGGUAAAGGAACAAUUUGGCAUCAUAGGAAUACAGGUAACAGGAUGUACAUUAAGGUUGAAUGUACUUAUUAGAGAUGAGGUUGAAGUGCAUCGGUAUUAUAAAUUGCAAGAACCAAAGAUUCCUAUUCAAUAUUCUAAUGAUCCUUCCAUUUUAGCAGAACUUAUAAGCACUUUACUAAUUUUUCGAAAUAUACUAUCAACAUGUCAUUAUUACACAGUUCUAUUUUGCAAAGAUCAAGUAGAAAUUUAG